AUGAGCCACACUCCUAUAGGCGGCCACCCGCAAGGUUGGGAGCACAAGCUUGCAGACAGGUCGUCGCUGCCGCCAGCUUCAGGGGAGGAGAAGAGCAAAUCUCAGUCCAAACAUGUGUUCACACACCCACACCUGUCUAAGAUGGGAGUGGCGGCGUGGCGCGAGGAGACGGAGGGCUCGUCGGGGUCCUCGCCGCGCUCGCCCACCUCGCCGCCCUACAUGCGCUGGGCGCGCAGUCUGCACGAACUGCUCGAGGACGCAGAGGGCGUGCGCCUGUUCCGCAAGUUCGUGGGCGGCGCGGGCGGGCUGCACGUGGACCGGCUCAACUUCUACUUCGCCGUGCAGGGCCUGCGCCAGGAGACCGAGCCCGCCAAGAUACGCCAGGUCGUCUCCGCUAUAUACAAAUUCCUGCGCAAGUCACAGCUAGCGAUGCCCGACGAGCUGAAGCAGCGCGUGAAGCAGGGCCUCAAGGACGGCUCCAACAUCGAGAAGACGAUCUUCGAUAACAUGGAGCAGGAGGUGACGCUGGCGAUCACGGAGACGACGUACCAGGCGUUCCUGCGCUCGGACGCGUACGUGUCGUACGUGGGCGCCGCCACGCAGCCGCUCUCCUCGCCCGACGCCGACCACCACCGCGACGCAGCCUCUGUGGGGUGCGGGCUGGCGACGCUGCACGAGGAGCAGGAACUGUGUGCUGGGGGUGCGGGGGGCGCGGCGUGCGCGGGGGGCGCGGGCGGCGCGCCCGCUCGCCUCACGCACGACGCGCUGCUGGCCACGCAGUCGCGCCGACUGCACUCCGAUGUCGCGCCGCACCGCAAGCGGUCGGUAUACAGCGCGCACGUGUCGUACGCCGGCUACUGCCCCGCGUCGCGCCAGGACUCGGAGCGCGCCAGCCUCAGCAGCGGCCGCACCGACAGCGACGCGGUCUCGCUGUCCGGCAGCAGUGUCGACGGCAUGUCGUUGCGAGUCCGGGAACCUCGCGAGUCACGCCAUAGACCACGGUUCCACGGCCUCGACCGCCACGCCGUCAUCAACAAGGAACAAGACACUGCUAUGGUGAUCCCGCGCACACAACGGGUGCAGUCGGAACAGCUUCGCGUACUGCCGCCGCAGGAGUUCGCCGCGCUGCUUACCGAGAAGUUAGAGCGGGUGCGCCGCGACAUAGACGCCAAGGAGCGCCUCGAAAGAAGGCUCGCUGAGGGUGAUGGUGAAGACGCGUCCACUCAGGCUUUGCCACCGCAGUUAGUAGCGGCCGCUAUCCGGGAGAAACUUCAACUGGAUGACGACAAUGACCAAGAUAUCCUUGACCAGCACGUGUCGCGCGUGUGGUCGGAGCGCACGCCGGGCGCGUCGCCGCCGGGCGGGCGGCGCGCACGCGGGCGCCACGCGGCGCACGCGCUGCACGCCGCACACGCGGCACACGCCGGCCACGCUCCGCACGCGCCGCACGCCGGCCGGCGCGCCGCGUCCGCGCUGUCGGCCGACUCGGGCCACUACGACGCGCCCGAGGGCCUGCACCACCCGCACUCGCUCACGCGCAGAUCGUUCUCUAAGAAGACGGCGACGGAGCUGACGGACAGCGGCGUGUCGGUGGUGAGCGAGGGCACGGCGAGCGCGGUAAGCGCGGCCAGCGGCGUGGAGCCGCGCAUCCUGCUGUGGAUCGCCGAGGGCUCGGAGCGCCUCGAGCGCCUGGGGGAGCGCGGGGAGCGCGGGGAGCGCGGGGAGCGCGGCGAGCGGCGUCACCGCGAGCUGUCGUCGCGCGCCUCCAGCGCCGAGCGCGACGAGCCGCGCCGCCGCGACCGCGCGCAGCAGCGACCACGUGGAGGAGGCGGCAAGUCAGCGGGUGUUGUGGGGGGCGCGGGGGGCGUGGGGGGCGUGGGCGAGCACACGGUGGUGGUGGUGAGCUUCCUGGACGAGAGCGUGCCGUACCGCUUCAAGGUGCCCUCCGUGCCGCUCACACUCAAGACCUUCAAGGAGUAUUUGCCCAGAAAAGGAAAUUACAGAUAUUUCUUUAAAACGGAAUGUGCUGAUUUGGACAACACCGUCAUACAGGAGGAAGUUAGUAAUGACAACGACACGCUGCCCAUGUACGAAGGGAAAGUGAUGGCCCGGGUAAAGAAUAUAGAGUGA